CCCAGGAGAGGCAGUGGAGGCAGCAGCAGAGGCAGCAGCAGCCCGAGUGAGUGAUCAAGGGAAGAUCUGGGGACAGGCCGGACUGCCCCUACGCGACCAGGCCCUCGCCCCCCAUGCCCUGCCGCCCUCGCAAUGUCGAUCUGUCCGCCUUGGCGGCUGCUACUGCUGCUCUCGUCGUGGAGGCCGCUGCUCGGGAGGGCGGAGACAGACUCUGUCGGUCAGACGGCGGGGGAGCUGUACCAGCGCUGGGAACGGUACCGCAGAGAGUGCCAGGAGACACUGGAAGCCGUGGACCCCCCAGCAGACCUCGCCUGUAACGCGUCCUUCGAUAUGUACGUCUGCUGGGACUACGCUGCACCCAACGUCACCGCCCGUGCGUCCUGCCCCUGGUACCUGCCGUGGCACCGUCACGUGGCUGCAGGCUUUGUCCUCCGCCAGUGUGGCAGUGAUGGCCAAUGGGGACCUUGGAGAGACCAUUCUCAGUGUGAGAACCCAGAGAAGAAUGGGGCUUUUCAGGAUCAACGGCUGAUUUUGGAGCGGCUGCAGGUCAUGUACACCGUGGGCUACUCCCUGUCCCUGGCCACACUGCUGCUAGCCCUGCUCAUCUUGAGUUUCUUCAGGCGGCUGCGCUGCACUCGCAACUACAUCCACAUCAACCUGUUCACGUCUUUCAUGCUGCGGGCGGCGGCCAUCCUCACGCGAGACCGUUUGCUACCUCCACCUGGCCCCUACCCUGGGGACCAGGGCCCCGUCCUGUGGAACCCGGCCCUAGCUGCCUGCCGUACGGCCCAGAUCGUGACCCAGUACUGCGUGGGUGCCAAUUACACGUGGCUGCUGGUGGAGGGUGUCUAUCUGCACAGUCUCUUGGUGCUCGUGGGAGGUUCCGAGGGGGGCCACUUCCGCUGCUACCUGCUCCUCGGCUGGGGGGCCCCCGCGCUUUUCGUCAUUCCCUGGGUGAUCGUCAGGUACCUGUACGAGAACACGCAGUGCUGGGAGCGGAACGAUGUCAAGGCCAUUUGGUGGAUCAUACGCACCCCUAUCCUCAUGACCAUCUUGAUUAAUUUUCUCAUCUUUAUUCGCAUUCUUGGCAUCCUCGUGUCCAAGCUGAGGACGCGACAGAUGCGCUGCCCGGACUACCGGCUGAGGCUGGCUCGCUCCACAUUGACGCUGGUGCCCCUGCUGGGCGUCCACGAGGUGGUGUUUGCUCCGGUGACAGAGGAACAGGCCCGGGGUGCCCUCCGUUUCACCAAGCUCGGCUUUGAGAUCUUCCUCAGCUCAUUCCAGGGCUUCCUGGUCAGCAUCCUGUACUGCUUCAUCAACAAGGAGGUAGGGACGGCCUCGGCUCGCCGCCCGCGCCCUCUGGCGGCCGCACAGGGAAUGGCCGGGAACGCAGGGAAGGUUCUGAGCGCCGUCGCAUUGCAGGUACAGUCGGAGAUCCGCCGCUGCUGGCACCGCUGCCGCCUGCGCCACAGCCUCGGGGAGGAGCAGCGCCAGCCACCGGAGCGCGCCUCCAGGACCCUGCCCUUGGACUCAGGCCCCUGCCGGGUCGCCGCUGACGGUGCCCGGUCCUUGGGGACCCUGCCGGGGUCUGGGGACGAGGCCAGCCGGGUCUUGGAAAGCUACUGCUAGGCAGUGGAGAUCCUGUGUCCGUUUUAGCACGUAUUCAUUGAGCACCUGCUGUGUACCAGGCCCAGUGUGGAGGUGUGGAGGGCGCUAGAGAAAUUGGGGUGUGGUGGGAGGAGGAAAACAGAAGACAAAGUCCCUGUUCUUCUAGAGUUCACAGUUCACAACUGAGGGGGGUGGGCAGCAAAGACAGAACAAGUUAUACAUACACUGUGGAACUGGCUAAAGAAGAACAAUUAAAGGGAGCCUAGGGUGGCAGGAGGGCAUCUCCAAGGAGGUGGCACUUAAGCCAUACCUGCAAGAGGUGAAGGAGACUGCUUUGGGAAGAGGAUUCUAGGCAGAAGCAGCAGCAUCCGCAGAGGCCUUGAGGCAAGAAAGAGCUCAGCCAUGCAUGAGGAACAGACAGGUGGCCUGCAUGGCUGGAGUGGGAUGAAUCUGGGCCAAGAGAUGUGGGGAGAGAGAAGCAGGCAAGGGCAUUGAAGAUUCCUAGCAGCAGCGUCUCCUGGGCUAAUUUUUUUUUUUUUUCUUUUUUCUGGGCUAAUGUUUUAAGCAGAUCCUCUGUCUGCUAUGUGAGGGAACAGAUUAUUAGGGGCAGGAGUGGCAGCUUCAGAAGCAUGUGAAGUAGUUGGGCUCUGGCACUAUUUUAAAGGUAGAGCUGAGGAUUUGCUGAUGUUUUGCAUGAGGGAAGUGCAGCAAGAGAAGUCAAAGAAGACUCCUAGGUUUGGGAUGGUGGAAAGAGAGAGGGAGAUGACGUUCAGUGGGGGUUGAGCCAAGAGUGUUCUUUGGACAUGUUGGGCUGGGAAAAAUGCCCUGGAGCUCACAGGACAGGUGAGAGAUGGAAAGAGAAAUGUGAGCAGCACUGGGGGCCAGAAAGGAGGACUUCAUGUGUAGACUAAACAUGAACCAUUCAAGGCAGGCCUCAGAGCUGCAACUAGGACAGACCACUGCCGGCUGCGGGUAUGGACGCACCUCUCCACCCUCCUGGGCAGCCCUUGGAGACUGGGAGAGAUGGAGAGAAACCGACAGCCUGUGUCUGGACCACCUGUACACACACAAGACCCUCACUCCUAAAUCCUUCCCCCACUUAGAACUGCACUUAGAUUUAGUUAGUACCUGGGUGUUAUUUCCCUUGGGGUCCCCAGUCCCCUGGACAGAUGUGCCCCACAGCAGCUUAACGGAGUCCUUCUUCAUAGGUUUGGGGUGUGUGUGUGGGUGUGGUGCUAAGGUAGGGGCCUUGUAAAUAAAGCAUGAGAAAUAGCUGUACUUUUUUGUGUAUGAGAGGUGGGUCAAUCUUCUCCCCUAGGUCAUCAAGAGAAAUGAGAGGUGGGCUGUGUGCUUGUGGUAGCCUUGCAACCCCUUCAGUCAUGUGUUGCCACAAGAACAGGGACAUUACACCACCACUGUCCCCCAUGCCUAAAAGAAAUCCUGAUUGGGACUGUUCAUGUGAUUUCCUGAUACUUAACUAUUUGCAAUGUAUACAAUUAAAAUAUUGUGUGUGUGCCAAACAA